AUGGCAACUACAGACAUCGCAAGCAGUCGCCUAAUUGAUGAACUGUCUGGGCCGUCUCCAGCUGUCCAAGGCCAGUCCAUGUCCAAGUCUGCACGUACUCGUCGUAAUAGGGCUGCUAAGAAGUUGGCACUCCUCAAGGACGUAAACAACACCGUUCCCUCUACUGAACAGGCUGGUCUCCCCGAGUCUGCUGAUACUACGAAGAACGUCAUGCCGUAUCAAGGUGAAGACUUGAUCGUUGAAACUAUUAGCAUCGCCGGCACUGACGCCUCUGUGACCGCCUCUUUGCCCAAAGAGCCACUUCCUAUCAAGACAAAUCUUCAGCCUGCUUCCUAUCCUGGAUCUGAUCCCAAGCCGAUUGCGCCAUCGUUCUCUUCCGCUUCUGAGGUAGCUGAUGUCCCGCCCCAGCCAGAGACUCUAUCAAAGCAGUCAGGUCAAUCGUCGUCCUCCCCCGUCAUAGACCAACCUAUCGAUAAUCUGCUCGAGAUGAUACGAGCGCAGCGUCAAGCUCUUCUCCAAGGUCCUCGCAUCAUCAUUCGCGUUGGAGAUACAUCCGUUGAGGGCAUAUCCAAGCGUGCUGCGAUGGCUGCUUCUUCUGUUCUUCACAAGCACUUCACUGCCAACCCUCGAUCACUUGAGUACGUUUUCUCACGCGGUCAGAUACACCCUGGCGCAGUCCGCCUUCUACUCAUCGGCUGGAUGCAGGAGACGUGCGACGAGUUUGAGGCUUACGCUGUCCCAGCUCAGAUGACCUUCGGUGAAGACGUUGCUCUCCUCCGCGCCGCUCGCCUGUUGGGCAUGGAGCGCUACUGCAGCCAUAUCCUUGCUGGCUAUAUCGAAUACCUCAAGACCCAGCUUCCUAGCUACGAAGAGAUCAUCGCCGUCGAACAGAACGCCACGUCUGACAAAGAUCCACUCUGGACCGCGAUGGUCAACCACCUUUGCCACGAACGCCACGAACGCCUUAUUCCCGACCCAGAGGACUUCGCGGCGUUCUUGGAGAAGCACACCCUUCUAAGGAAGGCUAUGGAGUCCGCUGAUAUCUUCUUUCGUGGACUUGCGAGGAGGCAGGCUGAGGGCCGCGAGAAAGAGCGAGAGAAAGAGCGCCGCCAGCGUUGGGAGCAGAACCAGGCUGAGCAGCACGAGCGCAUUGCGAAAGAGCGACUUGCUGCUGAUUCUCUGAAGAAGAAGAUGGAUGAAAAGGGUUCAGGCCUGAUGACCGUCACUGUGGAGGAGGCGGAGCUGCUUCGAGGGCGCACUCGCGCCCGCUAG